CUUGGCUUCCUUUGCCUGGGAACCCCACCGAGGUCGAGCCAUGGCGGAGCUGCAGCAGCUGCAGGAGUUUGAUAUCCCCACGGGCCGGGAGGCUCUGCGGGGCAACCACAGCGCCCUGCUACGGGUGGCCAACUACUGCGAGGAUAACUACUUGCAGGCCACAGACAAGCGGAAAGCGCUGGAAGAGACGAUGGCUUUCACCACCCAGGCCCUGGCCAGUGUGGCCUACCAAGUGGGUAACCUGGCCGGGCAUACUCUUCGAAUGCUGGACCUGCAGGGUGCUGCCCUGCGGCAGGUGGAAGCCAAGAUGAGCACACUGGGCCAGAUGGUGAACAUGCAUAUGGAGAAGGUAGCCAGAAGGGAGAUUGGCACUUUAGCCACUGUCAUGCGGCUGCCCCCUGGCCAGAAGGUCAUCCCUCCUGAGAGCCUGCCUCCCCUCGCUCCCUACUACAGAAAACCCCUCAACUUUGCCUGCUUGGAUGACAUUGGCCAUGGGAUCAAGGAUUCGAGCACUCAGCUGUCACGGACCGGGACCCUGUCUCGCAAGAGCAUAAAGGCGACUGCUACACCUGCUUCCGCCACGCUGGGGAGACCACCCCGGAUCCCUGAGCCGGUGCAGCUCCCGGCUGUGCCAGACGGCAAGCUCUCCGCUGCCUCCUCUGCCUCUUCCUUGGCCUCAGCAGGUGCGGAAGGUGCCAGUGGGAUCCCCCAGUCCAAGGGACAGGUAGCACCUGCAACCCCGCCUCCUCCACCUGUAGCGUCUGUAACCCCACCUCCUCCACCAUUGUCUGCUGAGGUCUUCUUGCCGCCCCCUCCGCUGGAGGUGUCCCAGCCCCCUCCGGAAGCAGAGUUGCCCCUGCCUCCUCCUCCAGCUGUAGAGGGGGACGAACUGGGGCUGCUGCCUCCGCCCCCACCAGGUUUUGGACCAGAUGAGCCCAGCUGGGUCCCUGAUGCCUACUUGGAAAAAGGUACCUUUGUACUCUUGGGACUGAAAGACACAUCCACUGCCAGGUUUCUGUUGCUUUGGCCUUCAUCUCUCCAUCCCAGGAGCGUUUGCUCUCCCUGCCAAGUGGUGACACUGUACCCAUACACCCGUCAGAAGGACAAUGAGCUCUCCUUCUCUGAAGGCACCGUCAUCUGUGUCACUCGCCGCUACUCGGAUGGCUGGUGUGAGGGUGUUAGCUCAGAGGGCACUGGAUUCUUCCCAGGGAACUAUGUGGAGCCCAGCUGCUGACAGCCCAGAUCUGUCCCUGCACCAACCCUGCACUGCCUCGGUGGACCUCUUGAGCCCCAAGAAGCCAGCUUCCACAGUCAAAGCUGGACUAAGGACCUGUCUACCUCUCGGGCUGUGAACUGUGUUCAGUCCCUGCUCCACACAGCAGUGGGAAAGGGGGUGGGCUAGAGAGGGGCGGUACUCAGGAAGAUUGCUGCAGAUGGCAAGAAGAAAAAACAAAAAACAAAUCUAGAAGGCAAGGAGUUUAAGCACCUUGCCCAGAGGACCCCCCAGGUCAUGCACAGAAGAUUGCCAGCUUUGAAUAAAACUCUGUUGACCUCC